UAGCCUCUCUUAGGAGGCUUCAGAAUUCUCUAGAAAAAGAAUGGCAGCAGAUAAAGCUGUUCAGCUGUCCAAUGCCAUCCGAUAUGGCUCCAUUGAGGAAGUCCAGCAACUGCUGGAAGAAGGUGCAGAUGUAAAUGUUAAGUUGAAUUAUGGCUGGACUCCCUUGCUCUUUGCCGUACAGGGAGACAAGUUGGAGUUUGUCCAGCUUCUGCUUGACCAAGGGGCUGAUCCCUGUGCUAAGAAGGAUAAUGGUGCUACCCCUUUUAUUAUAGCAGGGAUAACGGGCAAUGUGAUGCUUUUGGAGCUCUUUCUUUCUAAGGGGUCAGAAAUCAACGAGCAUGAUGACAACGGUUUCACGGCAUUCAUGGAAGCUGCAUGGUAUGGGAAAGAAGAAGCUCUAAGGUUCUUGCAUGACAGAGGAGCAGAUGUAAAUAUGAGGAGAAUAGUUGAUGAGGAAAAAAGGGCUUUGAAUAAAGGGGGUGCAACAGCUCUGAUGGAUGCUGCUAGGAAAGGUCGUUUCGAUAUCGUCAAAGCCCUCGUGGAUGAAAUGGGUGCUGAUGUGAACAUCUGUGACAAUCGGGAUAGGAAUGCUUUCGUGCACGCUCUCUCAGUGACCGAACAAGAGCCCUGGAGCCAAACCAAAGAGGCAGUGGCCUCUUUCCUCUUAGAAAAAGGGGCUGAUACAACCAAGAGAGGUGAAGGUGGGAAGACCACUCUUAUCCUGGCAGUGGAACAGCUGAGCCAAGAGCUGGUGAAGGCUAUAUUGGAAAAAGAUGAAAUGGACAUCGAUGACGCUGACAAAAAUGGCCAAACGGCACUGAUGGUCGCUGUGGAGAAGGGGAACUGCAACAUAGCAAGGAUGCUGUGUGAGAAAAGUGCCCGGACAGACAUUGGGGACCUCAUUGGGAUUGCCAACAGGACUUACAACAAUUACAUGGCAAAGCUUCUUUGCCAAUUUGGUGCCAAGGCUAGUUUAAGCCAGCCUGACUCAAACCAGGUGCAGUGGACAUCCUCUAGCAGGCGCUGGGGGUCAAAGCUCCAGGACCUCGCCAUAAUGUAUCGUCCUAUGAUUGGGAAGCUUAAGAUCUUCAUGUAUGAAAAAUUCAAGAUUCAGAGGAUCUCCCAAGGUGGUGUUUACCUUGGAUUCUAUGAUGGAGAAGAGGUGGCUGUGAAGGUUUUCAAUGCAGGUGCAGAAAAUGCCAAUAGAGAGAAGACAUGCCAUGAAAAAUGCCGUCACAGCAACCACCAGCUGAACUACUAUGGGUCAGAAGAACAGAAGACUUGUCUCUACUUGUGCUUUGCUCUGUGUGAGCAGAACCUUGAGGAAUACUUUGGGAGGGCUGAGAACACAGAUCUGAAGAGCAAGGACAUUCUUAAAACAAUCUUUCAGGCAGUGCAGGAGCUACAUGCAUUUGGGUUUGGCCACCAGGAUCUACACCCAAGCAACAUUUUGAUAGAUGCCACUGGCAAGGUUUUCCUAGCAGAUUUUGAUAAAAGUAAAAAAUUAGUUGGCAGCGACGCUGAGAAAAAUGACAUAAUCACAGAAGACCUGAAGGGUCUCGAAAGGCUUGUCUUAUACAUCGCGAUGAGGGGCCAGACAUGUUUUGAAGAUUUGCCUGCACAGUGUCCGAAGGAUAUAAUCGACAAUAUUGAGAUUGAAGACCUCAGAGCAAGACUGGGAUCUCCUGUUGACAAAAUACCAGUGAGUGAACAACUGGUGAACUUGCUUCAGCACCCUUAUUUCUGGAGCAAUCAGAUGAAAUACAGGUUUUUAAGAGACGUUGGGAAUGAAACGCGCAACGCUAAACAGGAAGAGAGCAGAGCAAUUCUAGAGGCUUUGGAUAAUGACAAGAACCUUUUCAAAGACUGGGAGAAAAAGUUAGACCAGGAGGUUAUGGACGAAAUGACCACGGUCAAUAACCGUAAAGUCAAGAAACCUUAUAAGAACUGUGUGACAGAUUUACUGAGGCUAAUCAGGAAUAUUGGGGAGCACCUCCAUGAGAAGAACGAUCAGGUGAAGAAGAUAUUGGAGAAGCCCGAAGAAUAUUUUCUGGACCGUUUUCCGGAAUUAACAAUGCACGUCUACCAGACUUUGGAUAAUCUAUCAUAUUACAAACAUUUUCCAAACACUCAGACUCUUUCUCAUUUGUAACAGGACCAGCAAAAAUCAAUUCCUGCAGGGAGCACACGAUAAUCAAAGAGCUUGGAAUUCUUGCCAAAAUUAACAGUUUACACCUACUGGAACCAUGAACAUUUUCUAACAGCACCCUGAUCCAUUUUUUUUUUAAUGAUUAUAUAAAUUGUUUAUACUUUGCUUUUCCAAGUGAAUAUCUAACUGGGACCGGCAGUGGUUGAGUCCUGCAGGUAGCAUUUCUGGUUCUCUUUAGGUGGCUUCUUUUUUACCAAAUGGCCAAACAGCAUAAUCCGAAGUGGUCAGAAAUCCCAAGUAAGGGUUUAACUAAACAAAGUAAGAACUCACUUAUCUAGUGCACAGGGACCUAAUCUGAACUGAGACCACAGCCUGAGGGGAUGCAGACUUUAA